UUCUUACUUACUCCCUUCUCAUAAUUCUCUCCUUUAGACUUUUUGUAAUGGCAUUUUUUUUUUCUAAAACCAAAAAAAAUAAAUAAAGACAUAUAAUAUACUGUACUAUGUAAUAUAAACUUUGUUAGUAUUAGUUUUUUCAAUCUCUAUGUGUGCUUUAUUCUCUCUCUUUUUUUUCUCCCUUUGGGUUUGAUUCUGUCCAGAGUUUCUGUUUUUCUUUAAUUUGCAUUUGUUCCUUAAUUUAGAUCUUCACUUUUGUUCUUUUUUUAAAAAAUAAAAAUAAAAAUAAAUUUUGCUAAUUCUAGCUUUCCAUAUAUAACCCUAAUUUUAUCUUCACAAGAAGUAGAGAUUCUUCAAGAUAGGUUAAAGAAUUUUGCAGUUAUGGCUAAUUGGUGGGGUGGUCAGGUGGGCAUGUCCGGGCUUGAGUCAGGAUCUUGCCCACCUAUGCUUGUAACGAAGCAGGUUUCGAGUGGGAGUAGUGGUGAAAAUCAAGAAGAUAAUGAUAGAGAAAAUGGUGAUCAUGAGCCUAAAGAAGGCGCGGUUGAGGUUGGUAAUAGAAGACCUAGAGGUCGUCCACCAGGAUCCAAGAACAAGCCCAAACCACCAAUUUUUGUGACCCGGGAUAGCCCUAAUGCCCUCAGGAGCCACGUCAUGGAGGUGGCAGGAGGGACAGAUGUUGCUGAUUGUAUUGCACAAUUUGCGAGGAGGCGCCAACGUGGCGUUUGUGUACUUAGUGGGAAUGGAUCGGUUGCAAAUGUAACCCUAAGACAACCAUCAUCUCCAGGUGCUAUUGUUCUACAAGGAAGAUUCGAGAUUCUAUCAUUGACCGGAGCAUUUUUACCCGGUCCAGCCCCUCCUGGCUCGACCAGGUUAACUGUCUAUUUGGCCGGUGGCCAAGGACAAGUGGUUGGUGGUAGUAUUGUUGGGCCAUUAAUUGCUGCGGGCCCAGUAAUGAUUAUAGCUGCCACUUUUUCUAAUGCUACCUAUGAAAGGUUACCACUAGAAGAAGAGGAAGAGGUUGGAGGCGAUCGCCCCAGCCAAUCACAAGUACCGGCUGAAAAUUCGCCUCCAACCUUAGGUUCAAGUGAUGGAAGGCCACAACAACAACAUCAACAACAACAUGAAUUGCCUGAUCCAUCAUCAUUACCUAUUUAUAAUUUUACACCAAAUUUAUUACCAAAUGGUGGACAAUUGAAUCAUGAUGCAUAUGCUUGGGCAAAUCCUAGACCACCUUAUUGAGAUUUUUCAAAAAAAAAGAAGAAGGUGAAAUUUGAUGAAUAAAAGAAGGGUAUAUUAGGAUCAAGAGAUCAUAUGUACUAAGGUAAUUAAAUUUCUAUCAAUGUUUGAUUUUAUACAUAGAGUUUAUAAUGUUUGUGUUUUGUAGGAAAAUGUUUUUUGGAAGAAGUAUAUAUAGUUAUAGGAUGGAGAAAAACUAUAUUACUUUUUCUAAGUAUAUAAACAUUUUCUCUUGUAGCUUCCAUUAUGGUUGAAAUAAAAUAUGGUUUAUUUCCUUUUUC